AUGUUGCGGAGCACCACUCUGCUCCUCUGCGCCCUUGCAGUUCUCUGCGCCUCCACCCAUGGAAUCGAUGAUAUGGAUCAUCUCGUCGAGGAAGUCGAGAAGGAGCUCGAUGACACAAUGCUCCAGAAGGUUCUCUCCGGAUCCGGAUCUUCUCGUGGAGCCGCCAACGGCGCCGCAACUCGUCACUGUGGCCGAAGAAUGGUGGCCUUCGUUCGAUCAAUAUGUGGAGUCGAGUGUCAACAUCUUUCACCGUCCGACAUCGCCGAUCAAUGUUGCCGCCACUCGUGCUCCCCGGAAUUCAUUCGAAACGAAUGUUGCCCAAAUUUUUGA